AUGUCGGACUCUAGAACACCCCCGUCCUCGAACCAGAGAAAGAGGGCAGGCAGGACCAAGUCCAGAAACGGAUGCAUAACCUGCAAGAUCCGCCACGUUAAAUGUGGAGAAGAGAAGCCCGCGUGCAGUCAAUGCACUCGGACCGGGCGGAAAUGCGACGGCUAUACGGACGUAUCGCAGAGACAACUUCGCCAAGCGAUCACCACGUCUGUUGCUCGAUAUUCCUGGAGCCCGAGCCCGGAGAGAAAACUGGUGCUCGUCCCAGGUACGCGAACAGAACGCCAUUAUGUACAGUUUUUCUGUACGCAGACGGCACCCGCUCUCUCGGGCUUUUUUCCAUCGGAUUUCUGGACCAAGUUCCUUCCCCAAUUGAGUCACUGCAAUCCUGCGGUUCGACAUGCUGUUAUUGCCGUGGGGUCUCUGCAUCAGCGUCAAUUACAAGGCAGGUUAUUGUCGCCUGAUGCCGACUCGAAGGAAAAGGAUGAAUUCACACUUCAACAGUACAACAAGGCCAUACAGAAAUUCCUGCAGCAAAUGGGAGAUCCCACCGCGAUGGGCAUCGACUCGAUGCUGAUUCAAUGCGUUCUCUUUAUUUGUCUCGAAAUGCUCAGUGGGAACACCAAGCAAGCAAUCGAUCACGCGGAAGGUGGAUUGCGAAUCCUAUCGAGGCAACUCCAGGACGACAGGGUAGCCCGGACUACCUUUGGGAAAGAUCUCUUCCAGUUCUUCUAUCGCCAGAAUCUUCAGCUAUCGUACUUUGGUCGGCAGCUGAUGCCGUUUACGGACGUGGCGAAUGAUUCUGCCAUCCUGGCCUUGGACAAACUCCGUUUCGACAAUAUCAACCAGGCGCGGGAUUGUUUGACAAACAUCACCACUCGGGCUUUGCUAUUCAUUCGCUCCGUACAGAGUAAACUGUGGAUAAUCCCACAAGAGCCAUUAGAUCCACAGCAAAUCCAACAGCAAGCUGAUCUGUUGGAGGAGAUCAACUUAUGGUUCAAGGCCUUCGAGGCUAUGCGAAAACGGUCGGCGAAGAACGUUGGGAUACUAGAUCCCCGUGCCCCUCUGUCAAUGUUAUGCCAGUAUCACGCGGCGGUAACAUGGCUCAGUACCUGCACCUCAUUGGAUGAGAUGAACUUUGACCACUUCUACCCCCAUUUUGAAGUCAUAACAUCGGCCGCAGAAAGGCUAGCCGAGCUCUGCGCCGAAGAAGCUCCCAACUCGGAUAUGGAGCACUUUUUCCUCGACGCCGAGGUGAUGCCUGUACUGUAUUGGGCUGCCAUGCGCUGUCGACAUCCGAUCUUACGACGCAGAGUCCUGCAUGUCUUGUCGAGCUACCGAGCUAGAGAAGGCAUGUGGGAUAAACGACUGCAUGUCGCGGUAGCGAAGAAAUUUGUGGAGCUCGAAGAGACGGCUCUUGCGCAUCUCCCUGUUGAGCAGAGGUUUCCUGAGGCACAGGACCGAGUAUACGAUGCGAUGAUUUCUCGUGACAUUGAGUCGCCGGUCCAUUCAUGCCCCGUUCUUUUCAGAACCAAACCGCAUGGUGUAGACGGACCUUGGCAGGAUCGCUGGGAACAGGUUAGCUGGCAGGAGACACCUUAG